AUGUCUCAGGACAGUGUCACUCCUACACACCAGCCUCGCUUCGCCCUUAGCUCUUAUCUCGUCUUCCUUUUGAACCACCACCUUCGCCAAGACGAGCCAUUACGUCGCAUGUACCACUGGACCGGGACAGAGAGCAAACGAGUACGGAUUGCAAAGAAGAUAAGCGAGAAAUCAGAUAUCAUUCCAAAGGCCGAGGAUAAGGCCGAGGAUCCUAAGCCCGUCGCCCUUCCCUUCCCCGCUCAUCUGCCACAGCCUGUGGCGCGACAAGGGUUUUGUUUCUUUGCUAUCCUCGUCGUAACUUGCUCUUCAUCGUAUAUGCAUACAAUAUACGAUAAUUCGUCUUCCCCCCGCUCGAUGCUGUAG